AAAUUUACAAUAGGAUUCACUGAGCAAAGUCUAGCAGAGGUAUAUACCUAAGCAGAGUCUCCAAGCGGACCAAGCCUCGACCUUUACCCCUCUUACAGGAGGAGUUUUGUGUGCAACAAAUGGCGGAGUGUUUAGUAUUUACACAGUUGUUCGGUUCACUCGCUUUCUAAUUGAAUUCGCUCUCUCUCUAGCGUUUUUUUUUCCUUAUUCUCUAUCAGUGUCGCUGCAUGGCGUGCUCUCUCUGAUUCUCAUUAUACUUUACUGUGAUUCUUGAGUGUGUGAAAGUUGUGCUGCCUUUUGAAAAAUGAGUGGAAUUGGAAGAAAACGUAUUUCUAAGUGGAAUUUGAAAGAGGAGUCUCAGCUACCAGUUGAAAAUUUACAAGACAGAUCUUGGCCAGGGAGAACAGGCGUAUCUUUCCAUGAAAACGAGACUGAAUCUGGUCAUGAGAGUUAUCGCAUGAGAAUCUCUCCCGGACUCGAUGAAUGGAGAAAGCAAAGACAUCGCCACUCUCCUACAAAUGAAUGGAAUAGAUCACGCAGAAGUGGGAGCCAUAGCCGGAGCAGGAGCAGGAGCAGGAGCAGGAGCAGGAGCCCUGUCCGUGGCUUUAGGCGAGAAUCAGGAGUUCUUGGUAGAAGUAGAAAUGGAUCUGGAUCUGCACAAUUAUGUAGAGAUUUUUCUGCUGGGAGGUGCAGAAGGGGUGAUCAUUGUCCAUUUUAUCAUCAGGGUACUCAAAAUUACGAGGAUGGUUGGGAAAAUAGACAAAGGAGACCUGGAGGUUCAAAUUAUUCCCCUCCACAUGACUCCCGGGAGUACCCUGAGAGGAGUGGGAGAUCUCUUGAUUGUUGUAGUGAGUUUCUAAAAGGUAGGUGUCGCAGGGGGGCAUCAUGUAGAUAUGCUCAUCAUGGUGCUUCCGAUGUGUUUGGUAAGGUAAUUGGAGAUGAUGCUAUUAGAGAAAGAGAAAAUGAUAGAAGGCACAGAGAUGUGUCCCUGGAGUGGAGUGGUGAACCUGAACCCCGCAGGAGCACUAAUGUUACAUGCAAAUAUUUUGCAGCAGGAAAUUGUCGUAAUGGGAAAUAUUGCAGGUUUUCUCAUCAUGGUCCAGUACGUGUAAGUCCUGACCAAAGGUCAAGGGAUAAUCGGUUGGUUCAGGGUCGCAAUGCAGAAGAUGUGGAGAGGUCGCAGAAUUCUUCAAAAUGGGGUGAUACAGAUACAUUUUCAAAUUCUGCAAAGUGGAAUGAUGACAAAAAUAAAGUAACGGGUGCUCCUGAUUCAGGGUUUACUGCUUGGCCUACCUCUUCUAGAUGGGGCAGCCAUAAUUUUGAUAAUAGAGAUCUGAAGGACAGUGAUAAAGCAGUUGAGGAUGAGAAGAAAGAAGGCCUUCAUUGGACAUCAGAAAAUGCAAGUGCUGGUGUAUGUGCUUCUGAACCUGAAGGUGGUAAUAAUUGGCUUGGUGAUAUGGAAAUGUCUCCUGACUGGAACUAUAAAGAGCAACCUUCCAAAAAUUCCAUGAAAGAAGAGCACGGCUCUGUUGUUCAGAGUUUGCAAUCUCUAAUUCCUACUGAACCUACUCGUGAUCUGGCUAUAAAUCAUGGGGUGUCUGGUCGGAUGCAUGAUGCCUCUUCAGUAAUGCAACCAAUGACAGUGGAAAGGUUUGACCUUCAACAGGACUUGAAUCUGAGGCAGGGUGGCACAGUUGCAUUGUCAUGCAAUGAUAUUAACACAAUAGGAAAUACCGCCACUUCUCGCAUUGAUCUAAAUUACAAUUCAGAAAUCUUUCCUGGACAAAGUUUUGAACAUAACAUCCAGAAUUCAGAUGUUGCACCUUUUUCAAGCAUGAAUGCAGUUGGGAAAAGUCAAAUGGCAAUUCCAGGUGGUGGAAACAUAAUAAAUCACCCCAAUCAUGCAGCAUCUCUGGAUGGACCACCAAGCAAGAAGAAGCUAGAGAUCGGGGAUGUGACCUCGUCCCAAGUAAGUUCUGGAAUUUUGCCAUCUCAUAACAUGGUUAGCAGUGAGCAGCUCACAAGCCUCUCAGUCUCUCUUGCACAUUUGUUAGCAAACGGGCAGCAGCUUCCACAAAUUUAUGCGUCUUUCAGUUCCCAUAAUGCUACAAAUCUGCCUGCUAUUGCCAAAACUGAAAGGCCUACUGAACCAAGUUCUGCAGCAUCUUCUCAGCCAAAGCAGGUCAUCGAAGACGAGAAGCGAUAUGAUCCUUUGUGUGAACCACAGAUAUUAUCAGAAAGAUUACACCCCUCAUCUUUUGCUGCAGGAACAAACGACAGUGAUAAUGAUAAAAUACAAGACGAACCGGGUAAAAUUGCUGAACUUACAAAGGAAAACAAUGUAAUGGGGGCUGAGGAAAGUAAUAAAGUAGGAGAGCAGGGUGAAGUUCAGCAAGAUAAUGGUUCGGGGGCAAAAGUAGAAGGAGAUGCCAAGACUGGCGAGGGCAAGAAGAGCAAGGAUAUCAAGGGGAUGCGCACAUUUAAAUUUGCACUGGUGGAGUUUGUUAAGGAGAUCCUGAAACCCACAUGGAAGGAAGGUGAAAUGAGUAAAGAUGCUUACAAAAAUAUAGUGAAGAAGGUGGUUGACAAAGUGACUAGUACAAUGCAGGGAUCUACUAUUCCUCAGACUCAAGAAAAAAUUGAUCAAUAUCUUUCAUUUUCAAAGCCAAAGCUGAAUAAACUUGUACAGGUAUAUGUGGAAAAAUUCCAGAAGGCCUCAUGAAACAAGGAACAUAUUACCUCCAUUGUUGAAUUUUCAAUUUUCUCUAUGUAUUGCAAGUCCUGGCUAGGUCUUUUUUCUUUGAAUUUAGAAUCAGCAGCAGCUCCUAGAACUAUAUUCUUCUCUCUCUUUUUUUUAGUUUUAUGUUUCUGUAAUUUAGUUGUCUAAAUUAUGGUUACAACAUUCAACUGUCAUGCAGAUGUACGAUAUUCUGAAACUUUUUUGAUUAAACAUUGUUUUCGCAAAUAAUAGUAUGUAUCAUAUGCCGGUGUCCGACUUGGCUGUGGCCACCCAACUCUGGAGGAUCAACUAGGGACUUCGGCUUAUAAGGGGACUGACAGAUGAUAAGUUGCUGAAUGACAAUACCACCUCUUUUGAACUUGGUGGUGUAUUACCUAUUGUAUUGUGGAUAUCAUCUUACGAUUUAUUUGAUUUGAAUCUGUGAUAAUGCCAAUCCCAAUGAUGAUAAUGUUGUUGCUU